UGAUCCAGCCUUGGGUGCAAGAUGCUGACGAAGCUUUCUGCUCGAUCCGCAACCCAAAAAUAGUCUCGUCCACAAAAAGGCCAGCCUAACCCUUUUGAAUCCACAGCAACAGUUUCUUCUUGGGCCUUUCAUCGUCCUUCCUGUCGCUUUAUUUGACAGUUUUAGCCCUUCGUUCAUUUGUCUGGCAAUAUCUCCAGUUCAACCAUUAAUCUUUGUCCUAGCCUCCCCACGUUGUGCGUGGCGUCCUUCAUUCCUCCGGUUCAGGUCCCCGCAACCUUAGGGGUUGUUUAUCACGGGUGCCUGAAACUCCUUUAAAACUGCUCAACGGCCCCCCCAUCCAUCAUCCAGAAGAGCAAAAUACUCAGAUAUAACUCACUCAGGCGGUGAACGCUCCGUCAAUUACAUUUCAAGAUAAAUAACCCUCACCGACGCAGGAGGACUACAACCACCUCCUAUCCCUUGCGGCAGUCCACCACCCACGGCUGACCCAUCGAGAUGGCCGCCCACGGCUACUACAACGGCGCGUACAAUAGCCCUCCUGCCUACGACCAGGCCGUUCCUGCGACAGACCCGUACAACAAAAUCUCACCGGCCCCGAGCCCAGUGAGCCACAACAACAACAGCAGCAGCAGUCCAUAUGACCAUAAUCCCGAACCCGAUCAUCACCUCCGGUACAGUCAACAAUCGAUAGGCUCGGAGAAUGGGACGUACGUUGCUGGAGGAAGGUUAAAUGAACAAGACCAAUAUGCGGAGAAUAUUCCUUUAAAGUCUCAAUCCCCAUACUCCAAUGCUCCUCCGCCUCAGGGGUGGAUGCAACAGCCGACUCAGUAUCAACCUGGAACUGGAAUGAUGGACCCGCAAAGCCCUCGUGGCCGGAGGAGGAAAGGGUUUUUCAAAAAGAAGAUUGCGAUUGUGACGUAUCUUCUUACGUUUGCCCAAAUCAUCGUCUUUAUCGUGGAGUUGGUGAAAAGUGGUCAACUCACUGGUACCCCGAUCGAGAUCAAGCCGUCGUUCAAUCCGAUGAUUGGUCCUUCCCCGUACAUCCAGAUCCACAUGGGUGCUCGCUUCACCCCGUGUAUGAAGAAUGUUCCUGGUGUGCAAAAUAGCGAUGCCACCCUUAGCUUCCCUUGUCCGAACGCUACGACGACGGCCUCAGAAUGCACGCUAUCCGAACUAUGUGGUUUCAACGGAGUGCCAAACCCCCAUGCCGGUGGGUCUCUCGACGACCGUCCGGAACCCAACCAGUGGUUCCGAUUCAUUAUUCCGAUGUUCCUACACAGUGGCUUCAUCCAUAUUGGGUUUAACCUGAUUGUACAGCUGACGAUGGGAGCCGAUAUGGAGCGCAUGAUUGGAUGGUGGCGGUACACUAUCGUCUACUUAUCUAGCGGUAUCUGGGGGUUUGUUCUCGGAGGAAACUAUGCGGGGCAAGGAGAGGCGUCGUGCGGCUGUUCAGGCGCACUUUUUGGAAUCCUCGCACUCUUUGUCUUGGAUCUUCUCUAUAGCUGGAACGAACGUCAGUCGCCCUGGGUUGAGUUCAUUAUCAUGAUCCUCGGCAUCGUUGUAUCCUUUGUCCUUGGUCUUCUCCCCGGGUUGGAUAACUUUUCCCACCUUGGAGGAUUCACCAUGGGUCUUGCUCUUGGUCUCUGUCUGAUGAGGUCUCCAAACGCACUGCGUGAGCGAAUUGGGCUUGCGCGCAGCCCGUAUGUUGCUAUGAGUGGUGGCAUUGGUACCGAAGCGCAAAACGCCAACCUCAUGAACGCCAAGGCGACAGAGCCCCCAGGGAGAUUCAACCCCAAGGCCUUCUUCAGCGGCCGAAAGCCGCUUUGGUGGGCUUGGUGGUUAGUCAGACUUGGCGCUUUGGUUGCUGUCCUUGUUGGAUUCAUUCUUCUUAUUGUGAAUUUUUACAAGUAUCCCAGCUCAAACUGUUCCUGGUGCUACAGACUGAGCUGUCUGGAAUCUUACCUGCUAUACCGUAUCGACUUCACAGCCAGAUUUUGGGCUCGCGAUGGCUACGUUGGCUCGCCGGCCCAGGGCAUGGGCUCUGCGGUGCGAACGGUACUGCUGUAUGGCCUACCAAGCUCAAUCCUAGGGGUCGUUCUCUAUCUCUGCCUGAAUAUAUCGUAUACUACCGCUGUUUUCACGGACCCGGGGUCGCCACUGGGUGGACGGGGGAACAGAAACGGUCAACACCAGUACAGCGCGCUGCCGAUUACCGAGUUGCCAGAGUAUACCUCAUAUACCGUGAAUUCGACAGGCGGGUCGAGAUUCUGCAAGAAAUGCCAAUCGCCUAAACCGGAUCGGGCGCACCACUGCUCGACUUGUAAACGAUGCGUGCUAAAGAUGGAUCACCACUGUCCUUGGCUGGCGACAUGUGUUGGACUCUAUAAUUAUAAAGCAUUUUUACUGUUUCUGAUAUACACUUCCUUGUUUUGCUGGGUGGAUUUCGCCGUCGCAGCGAUCUGGAUCUGGACAGAGGUUUUGAACGAGACGAGGUAUAUAGAUGGUAUCUUGCCUGUGAACGUGGUCCUGUUGUCUAUUUUGGGGGGCAUUAUCGGAUUGGUUUUGACUGGAUUUACCGCCUGGCAUAUCAGCCUUGCCGUCCGUGGCAUCACGACGAUUGAGAGUCUAGAGAAAACACGCUAUGUGUCCCCAUUGCGGAAGGCGCUGGAUCGCCACCGUUACGAGCAUCUACUGGGCAGCGACCAGGAGGGACCUGGAGGCGGCGGUCAGGAUAGUUUCAGUCGAAGACUCCAGAACUACGGUGGCCAGAUCUUAGAAGCGCACGCUAAUGCUAUUCCUGGUGUCACCCGCCCAGAGGAAGGCGAAGAGCGCACAUCUCCGGCGCCUUGGCCUACCCCAACGGCGCAGUCAACUCCCAGCCCUGGAAUGGAGCAGUUCACACCAGCCCAACAAGCAUUAUCCCGAUCAUAUGCGGAGCUAGAACGCCAACGCGAACACGACCGGUACCAGGAUUACCUCGCCGAAGUCGACAACGAGAAAAUGCCAAGCGCGUUCGAUCUAGGCUGGCGACAGAACCUCCUACAUUUAUUUGGUGACCGCCCCUGGCUGUGGCUGGUCCCGAUCUGCACAACCCCAGCUGACGGUUGGCACUGGGAACCAAGUUCUAAAUUCCUCGAAGCCCGUGAACGGGUACGCCAGAGGCGAGAACAAGCACAGGCCGAGCAAAUGCAACAAGAUCGAGACCUAUACCAACGCAACAUGAACAACGCCCGCAGUUGGCUCGGUUCAGAGCUUCCACAGGGCUGGACACCCGACCAGCCAUUGGGCGGACUGCACGACCCCGAGCGACCAGCGACAGGCGUCUCAAUGAAGACUCUGGCCCCGAGGUCCCCGCGGCCGCGACCGGGGGAUAGCGAUUAUGGGGAAGAUUUUGAAGAGGGCCAGAAUUUGUCCUUGGGUUCUGGGCCAGAAAAUAAGGCCGCAACGAAUGGUAAUGAGGAUGACUGGCGUGAUUGGGAUUAGGGGCAUUGAUUGCAUUGUUGCUAGGUGUUGGCCGGUACAUUUUGUAUAGUUAAUGGGCGUUAUCUGGAAGGUGUUCUUCUAGCUAAUGCAUCCAAUUUUAAAUCAUGUAGAAUAUCUUUGAAGCUGCACUGUAAUUGACUGUUUUCUACGACCGCGGAAGUUGUUAGUGUAAGCAUCGGAGCAUCACACGCGAUAUAUUAUUAUUUAUUCCCUUGGAAAUAUGGGCGAUAUAAC